UCAAUUAUCGAGUUGGAGACCUGUCUAUAAACGGGCAUUACUGCCGCCUUGAGAACACGCGCAGUUCGGACCGAUCCUUUCGUGAACGGGGAGAGAAGAUGACGGCGUUCCACGCUCUUCGAGUGAGCCGCCACGUCCUCCUCAACCGCGCCCAUAUGCUACUCUACUCCCUCGCCAUCCUCGCUCUCCUCCGCCACCGCGUUUCCUGCCUUCUCUCCUCUUCCCGCUUCAUCCCCCUCCUCCUCGCCGAGCUGGUCCUCGCGCUCAUGUGGGUCGGCUCCCAAGCCACCCGGUGGCGCCCCGUGCGUCGCCACGAGUUCCCCGACCGGCUGCUCCGGGAGGUCGACCCCGCGGCCUUCCCCGCGCUCGACGUAUUCAUCUGCACCGCCGACCCGCACCGGGAGCC